UGUGUGACGGCAGCAUUUGUUCAGGAAGGCUGAAAAAUAAGGAAGGAAAAGGCGGAUAGCCGUGCUUCUCUCUCACCCCUCUCCGUGCCGCGGCCAGACGCAUUUGAAGAAGACGCCGCCUCCCCGCACCUGUUCUGCUCCGUCUUGUUGCAGCGAGAGUUGAGCCUCUUGCGGCUGAGCGAGCGAGCGAGCGGACGGCGCCGCUUCUCAUUGUCUCUCACGCGCUGUUGUUUGGAGCAUGACUUCAGCGUACAAACUGGAUUUCAACCCUCUGACUGAAAGUCGGCUAAUGAGUUCGAGCGACACGAUUAACGGCAGUGGCAGCAAGAUGAAUGGGUCACUAGAGCAAUUGGACCAACCAGAUCCAGAUUCCAUCAAGAUGUUUGUGGGACAGAUCCCACGCUCCUGGUCAGAAACUGAGCUAAAAGAGCUUUUUGAACCCUUUGGAGCUGUGCACCAGAUCAACAUCCUCCGUGACCGCACUCAGAACCCCCCUCAGAGUAAAGGAUGCUGUUUUGUAACUUUUUAUACAAGAAAAGCUGCACUGGAUGCCCAAAAUGCACUGCACAACAUAAAGACUUUAAGUGGGGUGAGUAAGCAUGGCGUGUUCUGUUUUUAGGUGCUUCAAUUCCA